UUGAUCAAUCAGAGGAACUUUAUUGGAACUUUACAGUUCUAGAUUUACAAUGGCCGAGUCUGCAAACUUGGAAGAGCCUGAACUUUUCACGCAAGUUACUAUUUUGUCUCUUCUCGCUUGCGCCGCCCAGUUUGCUGCAGGCUACGUUUUUGCACAAAUAUGGGGCAAAAAAUGCUCGAGGACUGAUAGGUGGGUUCUCGUGUGGUUGUUCUACGACGCUAUUGUCCAUAUCACCUUGGAAGGCCCAUUUGUGUAUAUGUCACUUGUUGGAACCGUGGCAACAUCAGACAACUUACUUGCAGAGCUCUGGAAAGAAUAUGGAAAAGCGGAUGCUCGUUGGUUGCACUCUGAUCCAACUAUAGUGUCCCUUGAGCUGCUCACCGUGGUCUUGGAUGGGUUCCUAGCCCUGCUGUUGGUCUAUGCCAUUAUUAAGGACAAACAUUACAGGCAUUUCAUUCAAAUCACACUGUGUGUGUGUGAGCUGUAUGGAGGCUGGAUGACCUUCUGCCCAGACUGGUUGAUAGGGAGUCCUAAUCUUAAUACAAGCAACUGGCUCUACCUUUGGGUUUAUUUGGUCUUCUUUAAUGGGAUAUGGGUACUUGUUCCAGGACUUCUAUUGUGGCAGUCUUGGCUCAGCUUGAAAAGAUCACACCAGCAUCAAAAGAAAGUGAAAUAGAUUUGCCAGGAGUCUCUUCAGCUUGCCUUAUAAGUAUUAAGAGGGUGGAGCAACAGUCAGUGAACCGUAGCUGUGCUGGUUUAUUUCACUUUUUUUUUUUUUUUUAUUGAGUUUUUCUUUUAACUGAACAUAAAAACCUAUGUUCUCGUAAAUCACAUAAGAGAUAAAUGUACAUCUACACCUAACAACUCUUGCCACCAGAGAGUUGAUACUAUGUGACAUAAAGACUGAGAGCAUUCCUGGAGGCAAAGGAAUGUGUAGACAAACAUGUUGAGUUUUUAUCAGCACUAUCGUGUAGUUCGGUUUACAUUCUUUCCUUAAAGUACACAACUGCCUAUUACACCAUGAAACUGAAGACUUGCUGCUGAAAAGGUUGAAAUAAAAUCUGAAAAACA